AUGGUGUCGUUCCGUCUCUGUCUGAAGGCCGACAAACGCCCGAGUCAGAGAGAGACGGGCGUAUCGCUUUGUUAUUACUACAAACCGCAUGGCGUAUGUACGCGUACUACGCAAGUUGACGGUGUGUCGACAUUGGACGUUGGUUUGUCGCAAAACCCGAGCGGACACCGGCCCAAAAUAUUGGCCUGUCUAUACACGCUCGAAUUGCACGACGUGAUUCAGUGUAGACGGAAGGGUAUUUUCCUCACGACCAGUCAAAGUUUUGGUACGAUAUCCACUCAGGGCAUAACAUUUCAAGAUCAUGUUCAUCUCAUCAUAGUUCCUCUUCGUUUUAAGUGUUAUUGUGUUAUAGUGUUGUGA